ACACCGACAGCCGCUGCCAGACAUUCGGUCAUAGGAGCGGUGGAGGGGGGCGCUCGAGCCACGUCGGUGAAACAAAUCAGCGCUUGAAGGCAGCCUUGGAACAGGGUCCCUGCUGCUCACCAAGGAGCAGGUGAUCCAGGGCCAUGUCAACACCUGAUCCUCCCAUGGGGGGCACCCCUCGGCCAGGUCCCUCCCCUGGUCCGGGCCCCUCCCCUGGUGCCAUGCUGGGCCCCAGCCCCGGGCCCUCCCCGGGCUCCUCUCACAGCAUGAUGGGCCCCAGCCCUGGCCCUCCUCCCCCCUCGGGACACCCCCAGCCGGGGCCCUCGGGCUACGGCCCAGAUAACAUGCACCCCCUGCACAAACCCAUGGAGUCCAUGCACGACAAGAGCCUGGGUGAGGAGAGCCGUUUCAGUCAAAUGAAGGGGAUGUCUAUGAGACCGGGCGGGCACAGCGGCAUGGGCCCCCCACCCAGUCCUCUGGACCAACACUCGCAGGGUUACCACUCUCCGUUAGGUGGCUCUGACCACUCCAGUCCCGUGGCUUCAAAUGGGCCCCCAUCUGGUCCCCUAAUGCCAUCAGCUUCGUCCUCCUCUUCUUCCGCUGGUCCUGGAUCUUCCUCAGCCUCCCUAGAUGGCCCCAGUGGAGACCAACACUCCUUGGGGCCAAAUAACCGGCCUGGACCUCCAGGUAGUUCCGGACCAGGCCCGGGCUCUGGUCCAAGUCUUGGCUCUGGUGUCUCAACUCUGGGCUCUGGUCUUGAAAACAGCGGCCCWGCUGGUCCGGGUGGCCCAACUCCCUUCAACCAGAACCAGCUUCAUCAGCUCAGAGCCCAGAUCAUGGCGUAUAAGAUGCUGGCCCGGGGCCAACCUCUGCCGGAUCAUCUCCAGAUGGCUGUUCAGGGAAAGAGGCCCAUGCCGGGGAUGCAGCAGCAGCAGCCCAUGACCAGCUUGGUCCCUGGACCUGGCGGAGGGCCAGGAAGUGUUCCAGCAGGACCAGGAUCAGGGCCUGGGCCGAUGGGCUCGGGCUAUAGCCGAGCUCAUGGAAUGAUGGGUCCAAACAUGCCUCCCCCAGGUCCAUCAGGGACCCCAGUUGGAAUGCAAGGACCAAACCCCAAUGGACCACCAAAGUCCUGGCCUGAAGGUCCCAUGGUGAACGCAGCAGCCCCCUCCAACGCACCUCAAAAACUGAUCCCCCCUCAACCCACCGGCAGGCCUUCCCCUGCCCCUCCUUCAGUUCCCCCGGCUGCCUCGCCCGUCAUGCCCCCACAGACCCAGUCCCCCGGUCAGCCGGCACAGCCUCCUCCCAUGAUGCCUUACCACGCCAAGCAGAACCGCAUUACUCCCAUUCAGAAGCCCUGCGGCCUCGACCCAGUAGAGAUCCUGCAGGAGAGGGAGUACAGGUUACAGGCUCGAAUCGCUCAUCGCAUUGCUGAGCUGGAGAACCUUCCAGGUUCUUUAGCUGGUGAUUUACGCACCAAAGCUACAAUAGAACUUAAAGCUCUUCGCCUGCUUAACUUCCAGCGACAGCUGCGUCAGGAGGUGGUAGUGUGCAUGCGACGCGACACGGCUCUGGAGACGGCGCUCGACGCAAAGGCCUACAAGCGGAGCAAGCGUCAGUCUCUGCGGGAGGCUCGCAUCACAGAGAAACUGGAGAAGCAGCAGAAGAUUGAGCAGGAGCGCAAACGAAGGCAAAAACAUCAGGAGUACCUCAACAGCAUCCUCCAGCAUGCCAAAGACUUCAAGGAGUAUCACCGCUCAGUCACGGGGAAAAUUCAGAAGCUGACCAAAGCUGUGGCCACCUACCACGCCAACACGGAGCGAGAGCAGAAGAAGGAGAACGAGCGCAUUGAGAAGGAACGAAUGAGGAGGCUCAUGGCCGAGGACGAGGAGGGUUACCGGAAACUGAUCGACCAGAAGAAGGAUAAGCGCCUGGCUUACCUCCUGCAGCAAACCGAUGAGUACGUUGCCAACCUGACGGAGCUGGUCCGAGCCCACAAAGCUGCACAGGCCCUCAAGGAGAAGAAAAAGAAGAAGAARAAAAAGAAGAAGUUGGAGAAUGCAGAGGGUCAGACUCCUGCUUUGGGCCCUGAUGGAGAGCCUCUGGAUGAGACAAGUCAAAUGAGUGACCUGCCUGUGAAGGUCAUCCAUGUUGACAGUGGGAACAUCCUGACCGGUGUGGACGCUCCCAAAGCCGGACAGCUGGAGACCUGGCUAGAGAUGAACCCUGGUUACGAGGUAGCUCCACGCUCAGACAGUGAAGACAGCGAAGAGGAGGAAGAGGAGGAGGAGGAGGAAGAGGAGCCUCAGCCCUCAGCAACUCCGGUCGAUGAGAAGAAGAAGAUUACAGACCCGGAUAGUGAGGACGUGUCGGAGGUGGAUGUCCGACACAUCAUAGAGCAUGCUAAACAGGAUGUGGAUGACGAGUACAUGGGUGCAGCGUUCGCUCGAGGACUACAGUCCUAUUAUGCUGUGGCUCACGCCGUCACAGAGAAGGUGGAUAAACAGUCCACUUUACUGAUAAAUGGGCAGCUUAAACAGUACCAGAUUAAAGGUCUGGAGUGGCUGGUUUCUCUUUACAAUAACAAUCUAAAUGGGAUCCUGGCUGAUGAGAUGGGUCUGGGAAAAACCAUCCAGACUAUCGCUCUCAUUACGUACCUCAUGGAGCACAAACGCCUCAACGGACCCUACCUCAUCAUAGUACCACUAUCAACUUUAUCUAACUGGGUGUAUGAGUUCGACAAGUGGGCACCGUCGGUUGUGAAAGUGUCCUACAAGGGGUCCCCUGCUGCCAGAAGAGCCUUUGUCCCCCAACUUCGCAGUGGCAAGUUCAAUGUUUUACUCACCACUUAUGAGUACAUUAUCAAAGACAAGCAAGUGUUAGCCAAGAUCCGCUGGAAGUAUAUGAUUGUGGAUGAAGGCCACCGCAUGAAGAACCACCACUGUAAGCUGACCCAGGUCCUGAACACCCACUACCUUGCUCCGAGGCGAGUCCUGCUGACCGGGACUCCGCUACAAAACAAACUACCUGAGCUGUGGGCACUUCUCAACUUCCUUUUGCCCACCAUUUUCAAGAGCUGCAGCACCUUCGAACAGUGGUUUAAUGCUCCGUUUGCCAUGACUGGAGAAAAGGUGGACCUGAAUGAAGAAGAGACCAUCUUGAUUAUUCGCCGCCUACACAAAGUGCUACGCCCCUUCCUGUUACGGAGGUUAAAGAAGGAAGUGGAGGCACAGCUUCCAGAGAAGGUGGAAUAUGUCAUCAAGUGUGACAUGUCGGCUCUUCAGAGGGUCCUGUACAGACACAUGCAGGCCAAGGGGGUCCUGCUCACGGAUGGAUCAGAGAAAGACAAGAAGGGCAAAGGAGGCACAAAAACACUGAUGAACACCAUCAUGCAGCUGAGGAAGAUCUGCAACCAUCCUUACAUGUUUCAGCAGAUUGAGGAGUCCUUCUCUGAACAUUUAGGAUUCUCCGGCGGAAUCGUCCAGGGUCCUGACCUGUAUCGAGCAUCGGGAAAGUUUGAAGUGUUGGAUCGAAUCCUGCCAAAGCUGAGAGCCACAAACCACAAAGUGCUGCUUUUCUGUCAGAUGACCACGCUCAUGACCAUCAUGGAGGACUACUUCGCUUACCGCAGCUUCAAGUACCUGCGUCUGGAUGGCACCACGAAGGCUGAAGACAGAGGGAUGCUACUGAAGACGUUCAAUGAUCCUGAGUCAGAAUACUUUAUUUUUCUUCUGAGCACAAGAGCAGGAGGUCUCGGACUCAACCUGCAGUCUGCCGACACUGUGAUUAUUUUUGACUCGGACUGGAACCCGCAUCAGGACCUGCAGGCUCAGGACCGAGCCCACCGGAUAGGCCAGCAGAACGAGGUGCGAGUGCUGCGUCUCUGCACAGUAAACAGUGUAGAGGAGAAAAUCUUGGCCGCAGCCAAAUACAAACUGAAUGUWGACCAGAAAGUCAUCCAGGCCGGCAUGUUUGACCAGAAGUCUUCCAGCCACGAGCGCAGGGCCUUCCUGCAGGCCAUCUUGGAGCACGAGGAGCAAGACGAGGUCUGGGGACAGGAAGUCAUGAAUGAGGAAGACGAGGUGCCAGACGAUGAGACGGUCAACCAAAUGAUUGCCAGGAGUGAAGAAGAGUUUGAGCAGUUCAUGCGCAUGGAUCUGGACCGCCGUCGAGAAGAGGCCCGCAAUCCCCGCCGCAAACCUCGUCUGAUGGAGGAGGACGAGCUUCCCACGUGGAUCAUGAAGGACGACGCUGAAGUGGAGCGGCUGACCUGCGAGGAGGAGGAGGAGAAGAUGUUCGGGCGAGGCUCCCGGCAGCGAAAGGAGGUGGACUACAGCGAUUCCCUGACGGAGAAGCAGUGGCUCAAGGCGAUUGAGGAAGGCACGCUCGAGGAGGUGGAGGAAGAAGUGCGCCACAAAAAGACCACCCGCAAGAGAAGGAGGGACCGUGACCUGGACCUCCCCGGACCCUCUUGUUCCUCCGGUAGCCGAGGACGGGGGGACAGAGAUGAUGAUGGGAAGCGCCAGAGGAAGAGGGGACGUCCACCUGCCGAGAAACUGUCUCCCAAUCCCCCCUCCCUCACAAAGAAGAUGAAGAAAAUUGUGGAUGCUGUCAUUAAAUACAAAGAUAGCACCAGCGGGCGUCAGCUGAGCGAGGUGUUCAUCCAGCUGCCGUCUCGGAAAGAACUGCCAGAAUAUUACGAACUAAUCCGAAAACCAGUGGACUUUAGGAAGAUCAAGGAGAGGAUUCGAAGUCAUCGUUACCGCAGUCUGGGUGACCUGGAAAGAGACGUCAUGCUUCUCUUCCAAAACGCUCAGACCUUCAACCUGGAGGGCUCCCUGAUAUAUGAGGACUCCAUCGUUCUCCAGUCUGUGUUCACCAGCCUGAAGCAGAAGAUUGAGAAGGAGGAGGAAAGUGAUGGAGAGGAGAGUGAGGAAGAGGAGGAGGAGCAGGAGGACGGCUCGGAGUCUGAAUCACGCUCUGUGAAGGUGAAAAUCCGCCUGGGCAGGAAGGACAAAGGUGGCGAUCGAGGGAAAGGUCGCAGCAGACGUUCAGGACGGACCAGGGCCAAACCUGUCGUCAGYGAUGACGACUCUGAGGACGAGCAGGAAGAGGAGCGCUCACCCAGCGGCACCGACGAGGAGUCCUAAACUGUGGUUUAGAAGAGUCGGAGACGCAAAAGGGAUAGUCGGCCAAAUAAAACACCACGUGAUUAUUGARGCAAGCCUCAGUCAACUCCAUUCACCCUCAGUCAAACGCUGUAGGAACAGAGUCAACACUACGGGACGGAUCCUGAUCCAGACUGACCUCAGAGGUUCUGAAACAGAGAAAACCAGUUUAAUUCACUCGACUCUGUUUAUUUGACCCAGUUUGGCGAAGUCAAACCCRGUCUGCAGCAGUGGCGUCAGACAGGAAAGAAGCAAGAGAAUCCAGAUUAUUUAAAAGAAGAUGUGCCGUCAUGUCAUCCUGAUAUCAUGCAAUGUGUUAGCGCUCAGAGUGAGGGAGGACGUUCUGUUAUUAUCACACCAAAAUUAACCUCAAUAUCUUUAAAACUGAGUUAAAGUCAGUGGCUGAUAACAAAGAUAUGUAUGUGUUGUUAUGUCAGUUAACAUUUUAAAGAUAAAAUUAUCUCAACAGUAUUUAACAGUGUGCUCAGAAUAAUGUAGUCAAGGUUAUUUAUUUAUUUAUUUAUCUGUUUAUUUAUUUAGUUUUUGUUGGGUACUGCAUAAUUUAUUUUUAGAACGUUUUACUGAAAUCCUAGUAUACAUCUCAUAUAUCCUUUAUUGAGAUUUGCAUACUUAGCAUUAAUAAUUAAGCCUAAAAUUCAURAUUUAUUAGUAAUUUCAAAAAAUGUUAACACCAAACGGAGUUGUGCAAAUAUUUUAUUAUAGUUAGACAUUUAAUACAACAUAAAAUUAUUGAAAGGGUAUCAUUUUGUGAGCAGUUACAACUAUCUCACUCAUCUAUACAACAGUGUUAAAAGAUGAGCGGCUGAGUUUUGGACAGUUUGUAAAGAUGUUUUUUUUUUCUUUCUAAACCAACAAACAGAGAGAUCACUUCUUCAAGGUCUUUGAUAGGAAGAAUCAGCUUCUCCUUGGCGAUGAGGUUUAAAUAAAAAAUUAAUUAAUUUCACAACAGUUUUUAUCUGUUUGUUUUACUUUAAAAGCACAAUCGAAGCUAACACUGAGAUUAGCUGUGUGCUUUUACCAACCUUCGGCCCCCCUGGAGCCUCUGUGAGGAGCGUGUUUGAGUGUUUAGGACUGAGGAGCUCUGGUUGAGUUGGACCCCCAGCCUGUUGUGGGCUCGGGGCGUUCCCAGACUCCUCCGCGGCCGUUUGACUGAGGCUUAAUGGAGAUGUCUUCACACUGCACAUAGAAAGAACAUGAAGAACCCAGCUGCUGCUUCUCGUUCCUCUUCCAGUACGGACCACCGUCAACCGUUGAUUGUAAACUUGAAGAAUAGUUCAGUUGUGAUUCGUCGAUGAGCACUGUAGCUUUUAUUGUUUCUCCUUCAGUUGUCGUGUGGUGAUAUUAGGAUUUUUAAACCGUUUCAUUCUUCUUCUGCAUUUUUUUUUUAAACGUUUUCUCUUUCUAAGACAAAGGACCAGAGGGACAGUGGCUCCUCUCUGCUUGUGACUGCCUCGAGGCUGCAUGGUGUUGGAUAUACUGUGAAGAGUAUUUAUAGMUUAUAACGUCAGUGCACGUAUGCACAGCUUGCAAGUUCAGUACUGUAUACUUCUCAUUACAGUAGAGGAACCAAAGCAUCAAUGUUUUCUCCACUGAAUUAUCUCCAUCCAUCUUUGUUUGUGUUGUACCACUGUCGCUUGAACGAAACAAUAAAUUGUUGACAUUG